AUGUAUGCUGGAGAGAAAAUUAUUCCCAUCAAGGUCUCUUCUCUUUCUUACUCUAAUGCAGUAAAUUUGUGUUGUUUUCUUUUGCCAGCUGUAAAUCAUAUGCUGGUGAAGGACCAGUUUCUAUGGGACUUGAACAACUUUGAGAGUGAUCUUGAAGAGUUAGCUAGAAUCUUCUGCAAAGACAUGGGUAUUGAGGAUCCUGAAGUUGGAAGCUUGAAACAAAGAGAAUUUUGCUUGACAUUUUUAAGGAAAAGCAGAAGAAAAGUGCUGAAGCUUCUACAAUACCAAGUUUCUACAAGAAGCUUGUUGAAAUGUCUCAAGUUCAUGUGAAACGAAAUAGAGCAGAUUGGAGUGAUAAGAAUCUUGGAAUUUUUUUGAAAGUGUGCGUUGAAGAGGUACGUGCUGGGAAUAGACCUCACACUCACUUUACAAGAACUGGAUGGGCAAAUAUACAAGCCAAGUGUAAGACCCAAGUUUUUAAGCUUAGAAUAAGUGGAAGAGAUUUCCAUUUACGAUUAGGCUUGAUGUAUCGUGAAGGGAAACCUGAACAAGAGUCUACCAAAUGAAAUAAAUUUAUGAAGGAGAAAGUUCAGGAAAAGUCAAAGGAUUGUAUCGAAGUCGAUCUAAGUUAUAGCACGACUAAUAUUCGUUUCAAAACCAAGGACAAGAACCUUAGGAAAUCAGACUAUGUUCCACCCUUGGAACACUAUAGGAAUAAAAUUUCCAAAGAUGUUCCACCCUUGGAACACUGUAGGAAUUUAGUCCAAAAAUCUUCAGAGAAAUGUUAGAACUUCUCUUAUUCCAUAUAUAACCAUCGUUUCGAGGCGAAACCCUAGAAUCUACGAACGUCCGAUUCCAACCCUCGGAAGUUUGCCGAAACUGAAACCCUGGUAUUUCAAAACCCUAAAAUCAACCGACAAUGAAGACUUUUUCUAUUCUGAACAUCAAAUGAAGAUUCCACAUGCGUACACCCAUUUCUCUUGAUGAUUUCAAUAUUUCUUCAGAAGGAAGUUUUCUAUUCCGACAUUCGAUGUAAAAAGUAACUUAUCGGGUAAAAUAGUUUUUACACCGACUUUGCAUUAGCCACCUAAAAUACAAGGAAACCUCUGUUGAGUUUUGGAUUUAUGUCGCCAAAACCUAUCUUAGAAUUCACGGAGAAUGAAGCCGGAAAAAUCAGAUUCGCGAAACUUUCAUUUUCCCGCGUUUUGCCAACCUCUAUAUAUAGCAUUAAAAACAAGCCUCGAAAACCAAAAAUCAUACCGAUAUUUCUUUGAAGAAUUAGAAGAUUCAGCGGGGAGAAUAUCGUGUCUAGAAUACAUUGGAAUCAGUAGGAAGAAUCGGAAAUCACUCAUAUUUUUAUCUUAACUCUAUGAGCUAAAUCCUCCGAUAUCUAAACAAAUCUGUACCGGUUUACAAAAUAUCUUUUGAAAAUAUCUUUACAAAAUAUCUGUUCAUCCUUAUCCAAUCUUUGAUAAAUACCUAUUCAUCCUUAUCCGAUCUUUGAUAUAUAUCUACUCAUUUCUUGGUUAAUGGAUCAUUUUAAUUUGCUCAAAGUGAUCAUAAUUUAUACUUUACUAUUUCAUAAAGUUCCUCAUAAUUUUUAGUAUAGUUAUAUAUCCAUUAUAUAUUUUUCUCUUAACUUUGUGAGCUAAAUUCUUCAGUGUCUAAAUCAAUUUAUACCAGUUUACAAAUAUCUUUCCUAAAUAUCUAAACUUCCUUAUCCUCCCUCACUCACUCUGUCGACAUCUCUCUCUCUCAUUACACUUUUUCUUCAUUUUUCUUCCUUGACCCAUUUCCUACUUCUUCUUCUGCCUAUUUUCCAAAAGCUGCAGCACCCACGCACAUCAUCAAUCUUCUCAUCACCAUUUUCCUCCUUGCUGCCCACGCACACAUGUUUCUUCUUUCUUUCUUUCCUACUUUCAUGUUGUUUCCUUUCCAUUGCAACAAGCCACCACCGUCACUAACCCACCACGUGCAAGCCACCACGUCCUCCCCCUCACGAAGCCACCGUGAGCAGAACGAAGCGAAACCGACGUCGCUGACGCCGUAAUCUUCGAUCUUCGAUUCUAGUGUCAUCGGACCUCUGUUCACAGCGAGGUUAGUACCGUUAGAACCCUUGCGACGUCCACAACAAAACCCAUAUUCCGGAUCGCCGUUCCGUCGCCGUCAACCGCCGCCGUUGCCGCCUUCGGGAGCUUUUUCCGGUCAACUCCGCCGACCAAUGGAAAAACGGAGUGUACUGCGACGAUCCUUGCCGCGAGGAGAGCAAAACCCUAUCUUCAAUUUCGUAUUUGGGUCAU